AUGAGGCUGAUAUUGCUCACCUUAUUCUUGAUUGCCGCUGCCGAUGGAGGCAUUGUAGACAAAGUGAAAGGAGUGUUUUCCGGUGAAGGCAGUUUCGGAGAGAAACUAAAGAAUGCAACUAUCGUUGGAUUCAAGAAGCUCUUCGAAAACACGGCACUGUUCAAAAUCCGCGACAAGAUCAGAAGUAUGAAGGACAAGGUUUUGAAGACAUUGGAGUUAACACCAAAAAUGAUGAAAUCGCUCGAGGAAAGAGAUUGCGACCCAUCAAGAAGGAUAAAGUCGCAGAGAAAGGAGACUCCAUCACUGAGGGUCAACGAAUACAGUCAGGUUGGCCAGGAUCUCUACCAGAGCGACAUGGUGCUAACAGAGGAGCAAGCCGAGGAGAUUGUGCAAGAUAUAGAAGAUGAGCCUUGCUGGCUGAAAUCGCGCAGAAGGCAAGCCGUUCAAGGAUCAUAG